CGAACAUCUGAUGACUAGUGGCGUGAUUUGUCACCUAUCAUCAAUAGCUACCCAUCGAAAUACCUAGCAUGGGAAGCAAAGUAAUGUCCAUGUACAGACAAAAAAGACUAAAUCAAAUCACUUGAAAGCAAGGUAGUGGUAUCCACCUCAACUAAGGAGUACAUGUCUGCAGUGGUACAUGAACGCCACGGUACCUUACCUAAAGUACACUAGGCGAGCACCGUCGCAACACAGCCAAUAGAAUCGCCUGGCAUAAAAAAGAAGACUUCAAAGCAAGGAAAAAAAGAGAUGGAAUGCCCUGCUCCAUUCAGGAUACCCGAGGCGGCGAAGGAAGGGUUCAGCGACGGGGGUGUCUACGACGUGUACCGGGCGACGUACCCGCGGGCGGUGGUGGACUCGUUUCUGGACAAGAUCAAGGUCAAGGGUAGAGGGCGGGCGCGGAUCGUCGAGGUUGGAGCCGGGACGGGCAAGUUCACCGAGAGGCUGGUGGAGAGACCGGAAAAGUACGAGGUCGUGGCCGUUGAGCCGCUGGCCGGGAUGCGCGCGCAGCUGGCGGACAAGGAGCUCGGCGCCGGUCGUGUCAAGCUGGUGGAUGGACAUGCGGGAGGGAUUCCGCUCGAGGAAGGGUGGGGGGACGCGGCGGUCGUUGCGCAGGCGUUUCAUUGGUUCGCGGACGAGGGCGCGCUCGAGGAGAUUGCGAGGGUUUUGAGGCCUAUGGCUGUGCUUGGGAUGAUUUGGAAUGUCGAGGACUACAACAAGCCAAGGGACUGGCAGGCCAGCACCAAGUGGGAGCAGAAGCUCAACGACAUGGUGCACUCCCUGCCCGACGAUGGCCACCCGCGCUUCCGGCACUCCAAGUGGCCGGACGUCUUCACAAGCCAGCUGGCGAGCAGCCCGCUGCAGGCGCUGCGCGGUGGAGCGUCCGGAAAGACGCCCCGGUUCAGCCUGCCGCUCGGGGAGGAGCGGGUGCCCUUCUCCAUAUGGCUGAGCGAGGAUGAGCUCUGGAGGCGCAUGUGCACACUGAGCCAGAUGUCCAUAAUCGUAAAGAAGGGUGGCGAUGAGGCGCGGGAGCUGCGGACAAAGUUCGACGAGGCGUUGAGGGGGGACGACGUGGAGAGGAAUGAUAAAGGGGAGGUCAAUAUCAACGGGCAAACGUACUUUGCAUGGACAGAUAAGAUUGGUGGGUAUUAUUAGUCAGUCGCUGCACAGCUGUCCGCAGGUUGAUUUUCUGCUAGGCUUUGAGUACAUACAACAGGUGUUUGUAUCAUAAUAGAGGUUGUCUCAAAACUUGGAGGUUUCGAGUGAAGUGGUAGCCUUUGCCGGCAGGAGCUGUCUACCCUCUCCACCACUUGAAAAAGCAAUUGUUUUCAUCAUA